CCAUGAUUAUUACUCUCGCCCGCUCGCUGCUCAUGGAGCCCCCUGAGACAACGGGAGAACCAGCGGAUUCAGCCACCUUCUGGUGGAAAAUCGCUAUCAGUGUCGUCCUUGUGCUUGCGGGAGGUGUAUUCGCAGGAUUAACUCUCGGGCUGAUGGGUCUAGAUGAAUUGCACCUACGUGUCCUGGCUACCUCGUCAGAGGAUUUGAAGGAGAAACGCAAUGCGCAAAAAGUAUUAAAACUGAUGCAGAAAGGCCGUCAUUGGGUAUUAGUAGUACUCCUUCUGGGCAACGUUGUCGUCAACGAAAGUUUACCGAUCUUUCUCGAUGAUGCCGCUGUCAGCGUCAGAUAUGGUCUCGCAAUCGGCGCACGGUGUGCACCUUUUGUACUUGGCCUUAUGUAUUUGUUUGCCCCUGUUGCAUACCCUACCGCGAAGCUCCUUGAUUACGUUCUGGGCCAGAAUGAAGGUCACACUUACAAGAAGGCUGAACUCAAAUCUUUCCUACAGUUCCAUCGCACGGGAGAGGAACCGCUACGGGAUGACGAGAUCAGUAUAUUGAAUGGUGUACUAGAGCUAAAUACGAAGAACGUGGAGACAAUCAUGACACCCAUCAAGGACGUUGUAACGCUGAGCUCAGACGCCAUUCUUGAUCACGCGACUGUGGACGCAAUUCUCUCAAGCGGCUACUCACGCUUUCCUGUACAUGCACCCGGAAAUCCUUUGGCAUUCCAGGGGCUUCUACUUAUCAAGAAGUUGUUGGUUUAUGACCCGGCGCGAGCUCUUCCAGUCUCGGAUUUCAAGCUCUCGAUUCUUCCGGAAGCAUAUCCCAGUAUAAAUUGUUUCCAAGCGCUUGAUUACUUUCAAACGGGACGUGCCCACCUACUAAUGGUCAGUCGAACACCCGGGAUUGCAGGUGGUGGAAUUGGAGUGAUCACGCUCGAAGGGACAACGAUUUUUCUGCAGGAGAUCAUAUCAGAAGAAAUCGUGGACGAAACAGAUCGAUAUGAGGAUAACCAGAGUAAAAGACGUGCGAAACGAAUGACUACUGCUGCUGUAAUGCGGGGGAUUGUGGAACGGGAACGAAGUCUAACGCGAGUGCCGUCUGUCGAGCAGAUACCCUUAUUGCGUGAAACACCUCUCAUGUCAUGCACUCCGCGCUCCGAGAUCAGUUAUUCGAUUCCUCGUUACGGUGCAAUACUUAACCAGUCCCCAAAAGCAUGAAUAUUUUGACCAUGGGCACAAGGUUGCAAGAUAGACACGC